CCCUGCCAUGCUGUCUCGCUCGCGCGGAGAACAUCAUUAUAGAGUCGAAUGGCGAGAGCUGCGCAGCGGAGGAGCUACAAACUACGUUUUUCGUGUGUUUCCCUCUUGAAGAUAAUUAAAAUUUAAUUAUUUGACUUAUUAUUAAGUUUUGUGCCCCCGCUGUUGGCGUCGCAGUGUUGUUGUUUCGCCCGUUGGUGCAUGGAGCAAAGCGAGAAACGUAACAAUAGAACGCAAUCAACGCAAGAAAAUCGGAUGUGGCUGCGAUGUGAGUGAGCGAAUCCGUGUACAAUAUGCCAGCCCACUAGAUAAACCGCUUCAUGUUCUCCAUCAGCUGGCAGACGAAGAUUGUCGGGCAAUCCCAGUUGUCGGCAGCAAGACCCAUGUGAAAUGCCUUAUGAAAAAUUCAACAAAAAGCGCCGACAAUGGGAGGAUAGUGGUGUUCUAGAGCUGAUCAAACUAUGGAAAGUCUGCGCCUAUGAGCUGCGCACCAUUAAACGCAAUGGCCAUCUGUAUGUGGCAAUGGCCAAGCAGCUAACCUCGCUGGGCGUCCCUGUUACCGCACUCGAGGUUCACUUCAAAGUCAACAAUCUAACGCAGCGCUACCGACAGGAGCAAAAGACCUUCGAGACCACAGGCAUCAUCAGCACCUGGAAGUUCUACAGUCAAGUGGAUGAUGUGUUUAAGAGUCUGGCCGCACACACCGGUUACAAAGACAAACGCAUGACAAGUGCGUCCAAUACGAGCAGCUUACCAUCUACAUCCGAGUCACCAGUUUGGAAGAAUCCAAUGUCUCAGCAAGAGUUUAAUAGCAACAACACGGAGGGGUUCUAUAAGACCGAGUACGGCAUGCAUCGGCACUUUAUGGACCACUCCCAGCCACCACCCAAUGCCGGCAGCGUGGACAACUUCAUGGCCUCCUCGGCGGCCGUGGCGGCGGUAGCUGCCGCUGCCUCGGCCCGCCUGGCGGAUAAUAACAUGGAUCAGCAAAUGAACACGGCUGCCGGUGGAAGCGGCGGCAGUGGUGGUGGCGGGGGCAACACCAAUGGAGGCGUGGCCAACUACCAGAAGAUCAAAAAGUCGCACGAGGACUACGACAAGUUCGUGGACAUUGUGAAGAACAUCGUGGACACGCACAAGAGCACUCCGGACAAGGUGGACACCUUCGGCGACUUUAUUAAAUCGUACAUGAAGCGCUGGCCGGAGCGGCUGCAGGACGAGGCCAUUAACCACAUCACCAACUACGUGAUCGUGAAGAACAUGGAGCACAGCAUGGUCAGCAGCCACAAUCCCGAGGGGGUGAACAACCGACAAUAACAAUACAAGCAGGAGCCCAACAACUGAACGAGUUGUUGGACGACGCAGCUCCAGGAACCAGGCACAGAAGCCGAACGAAGUGAGACGUCAGGCGAGGAUUACUUAAGGUGGCGCGCAGUUACUUAACCGCAUCUGAGUUGCGGCCAAGUUCGUUGGACACACACCCGGCAUACAGUAUUUUUUGUAUAGUUGAAAUAUACAUUGGAGUUUUAGUUCUCGACGAUCGCGCCCUCGAUACAGAGUUGACUUCCGUAAAGAGGGGCAGGAUCGAUCAAUCCGUGCAUAGAGAUCCUAGGGAGUACAUUACAUUUAGACACCAUUUCCUACUGUUAGCUGUAAACUAUUAUACAUAAAUUAAUAAAUGCUUUAAUUUAACAAUGCA